CGGCUGUCAAUGCGGAUAAGAAGAAGACUACCAACGUCAUUUCCGUAAACACAAGGCACCUUGCUAUGUGGAAAUUGUGUGCUGGCCGUCUUUUGUUAAUGUCGUUUUUUCUAUGAAUGCAUUCUGAGUAUAUAUGAUGUCUCACACUGGAGCCUCCUGUACUACCUCUCGUGCCAUAAUAAAGCCGCGUGUGGGUGGAAGAACCGAAGAUGGACGAAGCGCUAAAUUAGUGAGCAAAGACUCCAGCAGUGCAGACAGAAGUGUGAGGGAGCGGGUGUUAAAGAAGGUAGGACUCACAAGCACCACAUUCAUUGGUCCAGCAUUUCCUCCUCCUAAAGCAGCCACCGUUAAGUCUGACAUCGAAGACACCCUGAGUGAGUUUUACAAAGAGCUCGAGAAGAUCGACACGCCUGAUGGUGCUAGCGGUAACCCAGGGAAACAAAAUGCAGGUUUUGUGCCACCCCACGUACCACCCAAAACAUCUGGCAGCAAACAGACUCAGGAUGGAAGCGAGGAGAACUUUUUUUACACAAGCAAGUCUGCAGGAACAGACGGCUACCAGAGAAGCAGUGGGCAGAAACAGCCAUGGUCACACUGGUAUCAAAAUGAGCCAUACUACCCCAGAAGACCGAGGCCAUCUGCACCAAACCAAUGGGGUGUUCCUCAAACUUUGAACAGACCACCUAACCCAAGGUUUCAGAGGCCUCCAUUCCAUCGCCCGCCACCCCCAUCUGCAUUCCCAAAUCCACAAAACCUGCCCUCACACGUGAAUCCUAACAGGAGCAGUUUGGGCACACCAAACCAGCAUCAAGAGGACUCCCAUUUCCCAACGUUUUCCCACUACCCACCUCCGAAUGUAUGCAGUAACCCGUCUCAGGGCUUUUAUGGAGACUCUCGACACAACUUUGACAGGGACAAACGGAGCUAUGAUGCACUCUCCGAUAAUAUGAAUGUUGGGUGGUCCAGAGAUAGAAAAGAAGAAUCCUGUCAGGUUGGUGAAGAUUAUGACAGGUGCCAAAGAUAUGAUUCAGAAAAUGAGCCGUGGGAGCAUCGCUGCGGACCCCCUGAAACCACUAAUGCGUACCAUACCUCCCUGGUGCUGAUCUUGAUGAGGGGAUUACCAGGAUCUGGGAAAUCAACACUGGCCAGGGAGCAGCUCUCCACUGGUCCCCGUGGGGUCAUACUGAGCACGGACGACUACUUUGUUCACAGAGAUGGGUACUGCUAUGAUCCAGGCCUCCUUGGAGCAGCACACGAAUGGAACCAGAUCAGAGCGGAAGCAGCUAUGCAUGAUGGUCGAUCUCCUAUUAUUAUUGACAAUACAAACACCCAAGCAUGGGAAAUGAAGCCAUAUGUCAAAAUGGCCUUGGAGAGAGGAUACAAAGUGGACUUUUGUGAGCCUGACACCAGCUGGAAGUUUGAUCCUUAUGAGCUGGAGAAGAGGAAUAAGCACGGUGUUCCUCAGGAGAAGAUCGCCCAGAUGAUGGAUCGAUUUUCAUUUCCCAUAUCUGUAGACAUCGUCAUGAGCUCUCCAGACCCGCCGCACGUCAACCACAGACGUGGACCAGAGCAGCAGCAGCAGAUGUGGAGGAAAUCCCCAGAUUUCUCUUAGUUUUUCACAGGACCUUAAACCUGCCAAAUAAUUUGCCCUGAAGAACAAAACCUUUUUAAUGGCGUAAAUAUUGUUUACCACUGUUUUUAUGCCAUUUUUAAUCAAUUAUUUUUGUACACUGUGAAUGUAUGUAAAGCAAGAAGAAAUUUAUUUUUUCUGAACUUUUCAUAAUUAAAUAUUUGGCAUUUUUUUAUUCAUGA